AUGUCGCGAUUUGCUGUGGAAGAAGUUCUCAAGAGCGAAGAGGCUAUCCAGGAAGCAACAAAACACUUGCUAAAACCAAAACCAACAAGGGACAAAACAACACCUGAACCCGAAGCAAAGCAUCAUAAGAGUUCCUCAGAACACCCAUCGUCCAAGUCCUCAAAAAUUGUUUGUACUCCCAAAAAGCAAAGUUUUGUCUUGUAUCCUCACCAUCACUCAUCAAAUGGAGAGCCACAUCAAAAUUAUUCCUCCAAACGCGAUUUAUUUCCAAAACUGACAAGUUUUAAUUUAUUUUUAAAGAAAAUGAAUGAAAUUUCACUAUCAGAGGAAAGACACAAUAGAAGUCCAACAUCCAUGAGCCAUAUAUCGAAUGAUUCCUCUCGCGUGGAAAACCAGUGA